GCACGUCGCGACAGGCAGACUUUCAAAAAGUCGCCCGAAGAUCCGCCGAACGUCAUUGCUCCGGGGCGGGGCAUCCGCCUCCACUUUCAUCCUCACACUCUCACGCAACACGACAUCGCGGAAUCGCUUCGUCGUCAUCCACUCCUUGCAAUCAUGCCUUGAACCGAACACCCAGCAGGCCUGCAUCUUGACCACAAUGCCGUCCUUUCCCACAACCCCCAUCGCCAAACUCACCGGCCACACGGGCCCCGUCCACGCCGUCGCCUACUCCUCCUCUCCACAUUCGUACAUCCUCACCGGCGCCGCGGACCGCACAAUCCGCUUGUAUAACCCCUCGAAAGCACCUCCGUCCUCUGUCGCGCCCACCUCCUCCGCCGCAUACCCGCCGGGCCUAGUCACAAAGUACAACGCGCACGGCUACGAAGUCCUCUCCAUCGACGUCAACGCCGCAAACGACCGCUUCGUGAGCACCGGCGGUGACAAGACCGUCUUCCUCUGGGAUGUGCAGACUGCGCAGACGGUGCGGCGCUUCACAGGCCACGCUGGGCGCGUGAACCGCGGCGUCUUCGGCGGCGAAGGCGAUAGUGUCAUCGUCUCCGCGAGCUUCGACGGGACAGUGCGCAUCUGGGAUGUCCGGAGCAACUCAUACAAGCCCAUCAUGACGUUCAGCGAUGCCAAGGACAGCGUAACGGAUGUGCUUGCCUUCGAUGGCGAGAUUGUAUCUGGCUCAGUGGACGGGCGGGUGCGUAGCUACGACUUGCGCACCGGGUACUGCGAGGUCGAUGUCAUUGGGUAUCCGGUGACGAGCUUGACGCUGUCGAAGAAGGGGACGGAGGUCUUGGUUAGCUCGCUGGAUUCGACGGUGAGGCUGAUGGAUCGGGCGAAUGGGCAGUUGUUGAAGGCGUAUCGCGAUGAGGCGUUUCUGAAUACGGAUCUGAGGGUGCGCAGCACGUUAGGCUUGAAUGAUAGUGUGGUCUUGAGUGGGAGCGAUGACGGGAUGGUAUUUGCGUGGGACUUGCUCGGGGGGACUGCGUUGCACAAGUUUCGUCAUUCGGAGUUGCGGGAAGUGAGGGGCACCGCAGAGAAGAAAGAGAAGGGUAAGAAAGACAUUGUCUCUGCUGUGGCUUUCUGUCCUAGUAGGAGAGAAUGGGCUAGUGCGGGCGGAGAUGGCAACGUCGUUGUGUGGGGAACAGACAGCUGAGAGUUAAGACAUGCAUGACGGAUGUAAGAGUAGCCUUUUGUUCUAAGAUACCCCCUGAACCAUUCAAAUCUGUUCAUAAAUUCUAUCGGACU